AUGAUCUUCGCCGCCCCUCAACUGCAGGAAAAGUGUCAGGAGAUGCCGACCCACUUCUACUCUACCCUCGGGGAUCUGACCAAAGAUUUCGACAUGGUGAACCGUGACGGACGUUGGAAAAUUAAGCAGAAACUCGUCUGUCCCGAGCGAUUCUCUCAGAUGGUGUAUCACCUCCAAGAUGGCAUGAUGGCGCCAGUCACGGAUAAUGGGGAUGUAUCAGAGGCAUUCGCUGUGACCAACAGUGUGAAUCAGGGCUGCGUUCUCGCACCUACUCUCUUCAGUCUCAUGUUCUCUGCCAUGCUGAUGGACGCCUACCGUGACGAACGCACUGGGAUCCGUAUCGCCUACAGGACGAACGGCCACCUACUCAGUCCUAUGCUGAUGUACUUUCAAUCGCGUAUUUCUCUUCGCCGACGACUGCGCUCUCAACGCCACCUCGGAAGGUGUCAUGCAGAUCAGCAUGGACAGGGAGGGGGGUUUAUUAUAGGUCUGACGUUACUUCGUCUACCCCACCUUCAGAGACUGGGAAGCGAUUUGCACAGCUCUCCUUAUAGGGGGCACUUUGUUUGAUGCGUGGUCUGGCAAUGCCGCCUGUGUGACUGCAGUUGACCCGCAUGCCACCGUGACCUAAAUCGUCCCCGCCCUCGUCGGCCGCGAAGAUGGUUUCCGCGCGAGGCUUCUCACUAGCCUCACGAGAGUUCGAAGCCAAUCAACACUGCCUAUUCCCUGAUUGGCUGGUGGACGCGAACUGGGACAGAGCGAAAGGGACACACACGCCCUAUGAGGGCGGGGGCGGGGGUAACAACCUCAACGUUGGACAACAACACAAUCAACUUGCCUGGACUGACAGCUCAGGGCGACUGCUUGCAGGGCCUACAGUACGCACCUCCUCAGCAGUAAAGAUUGUCCAAACCUAUUCGUCUUCCCUGACUUCUGAUUAGGGAACAUUUGUCCUGUCGACCAUACCAUUGUGAACUUUCGAGUCAGCCUCCAAUCGCACCAGUGGUGACCUCCGACCUCCACCCUUCUAACAUUUACCUUCUGACCUUCUCUGUGUUCUAUAUCCUAUCUCUGAUUGUGCCCCUAACGAUGGGAUCCACAGAUGCUGCUAUUUCUCUCCAUAGAGUCAGUGUGUCCCUUCUAUAAUUUUGACAGCAAGCUUCAGAACUCUAAUUUUUUCUGUAUCAGGGCCACCUUUUACUGUGCGAAGACAACUCAGUCUAACUGAGGCUCCUCCCCCAACCCACCAUGCUCUCAGAAGUUUAAACUUUCUUAUGCGACCCUCCCACUGAUGCUCCUUACACAGAGCUUCUUCGACUCACUCCACUUUCUGAUCGUCAACGCUACCAUGCUCUCGUAAAAGAAGAAGAAGUAGAAGAAGAAGACGAAGUAGAAGAAGAAGAAGAAGAAGAAGAAGAAGAAGAAGAAGAAGAAGAAGGUUUGGGCGACCGCAAGCCCUUUUGA